UCCAACAUGUACUUGGGAAAGCUAAUUUCGUUUUUAGACCCAGUUCUUCCCAGUAUAUCCUGUACUGACUUUGCAAGGUGUUGGCACGCUCAGACAGACGGCUGGGCGGCAUCGACAUUCCACAGCAACUGCGAUGGGAGGGGACCCACGGUGACAAUCAUCAAAGUGAACAGCUACAUCUUUGGUGGAUAUACUGACGUGUCCUGGGGUGGAGCUGGUUCUUGCGCAGGUUAUUCUUCCUCCAGUAAGGCGUUUACCUUCUCUCUCUAUAACGACAGAGGAUACAAUGCUGUGAAGCUGACGCAAUACCGAAACCAGCAAUAUGCGAUGUACAGAUGUAAUACGUAUGGACCUACCUUUGGUGGUCCAGGGUAUCAUGAUAUCUACAUAUCCAACGACGCUGGGAAUGGCCAAAACUCUUACACCUUAUGCGGUAAAACGUACUCGACGCCCACAGGGUACUCAACUGGAAACUGUGGUUUUUUUACAGGGGGGUAUAAUUUUUCUCCAACGGACAUAGAAGUAUUCUAUGAAACAGGUAAUUAAAAAAAAGACACCUUUUCAAGGAUAAAUAAUUAAUGAGACGUGUGGCAAAAUCAAUUCGUGGAAUGUAGAAUUAUUCUCUAAAAGAUGUGUUGCUGGAGUACGAAUAGCUUACCUU